AUGGAGGUGAUAGAGUUGAGGAGUUCUUCCAACGAUCUGUCGAGUGCACCCCCAAGCGACGCCGAAAGUACGCCAGGACCUCUCAGUCAUUUAACAGCACAUCACGGACCUCGCGAUACCAGUGCAUCAGGUAACUUUGGUGUUGCAAGUGUGAGUGCAGGCGCAGGCGCAGGCGCAGGUGCAGCUUCAUCAGCCACAGUUCCCGGUAUACCUCGCCAAGAUAAUCGUGACAUUGCUGCCACUGGCCCUGGCACUGCGCCACAGCCACCCGUCAAGCGCAAGUAUAAGCCACGCAAGAAGAAGGAUCCAAAUGCUCCUCCUGAGCCAGAGAAGGAGAAGAAAGAACGCAUUACGAAUCGGCGGCCUCGCGGUGCGUCGACUGCAUCCGUCGUAUCGCGCAAAAAGCCCAAAUUAGAGGCAGCAGAUGAAAGCAGCGCCGUCGAAAUCCAGCGACCGCAGAGUUCGGGCCUGCAGUCCUCCACCUUGGUCCAGCCUGUCUCAUUUUCCUCUCAAUCUCUGGCUGGGAUACGUUCCGAUGAAGCCGCCAGACCUACAGAUUCGGGCUCUUCAAUGCAAUUUUCUUCGACGCACCCUCAAAUACCCUCACAACAUGCAGACAACUACACUGUCAAUGUGCCGAGUGCUAGCCAUGCUUCUGCUCCCCGUUCCGCGGGCAUGUGGGAUCCUAUCAGAUCUGUGACGCGGCCUGUCAUGUCUUCCACAUCGAUUCCACCGGCUCAUACACCACCGAGGCCGACAUACAAUCCAAGCACGUCUCCAGCUAUCUCAGGCAUCAUUGAUCAUCCUGCAGCGCCAUCUUUCCAGAAUUCGACCACAAUAGUUAGUCAUUAUCCCAAGCUAGAAUCGCCAUACAACCAGACCAAUGGCAAACCCACGACUUCACCCCCAGUGACCAUCAACCCGGCGCCGAUGGACCUUGACUCUACUGCUCUCGAUCCUGUUCCACCAAAGAAGGUCACUCCGCCUAAGAAAGUUCCUUCCGAAGCGCCCACUCGUGCGGCAUCACCUAAACCGGCCCGGGCAAAGGAGCAACCCCCUCCUCCUCCACCUGGAUCUGGCCUUCUCUCUGCCAGCCUCUUCGGCGGUGACUCAAGCAACGAUGGAGCUCAGAAGGCUUCUGGAAAAGGCCCCACGAUUGUUCUACAUAUCGACCUCAAAGACCCUAACAAUCGAGUUAUCAAUUUUGCUCGAAUGGCGGAGGAAAAAUAUGGCUUUGCUGCAUUGUAUCCGCGUCAAGCCGCCCAGAAAGAACGUCUGGCCAAGGUCGCCGCUGCCGGCGCUGCAUUGGAACGAUCAGCGUCAGGAAGUAAGUUUGGAGGUACAUCCGCCGGAGACAGCGGCGAUGAUGAUCUCAGUGUCGACAUCGAGCGUGAUUCCGACAAUGACGGUGAUGUGGCCAUGUCAGGCAUCAACGGCGGUCAAGAGGCGGCCAAUAGCGGUACGGACGCGCCCGGGUCCAAGCGACGCCGCAAAAGAAAGGUCGAGGAGUAUAAUCAAGACGACCCCUUCAUUGAUGACAGCGAGUUACUCUGGGAGGCGCAAGCAGCCGCCAGCAAAGAUGGAUUCUUUGUGUACUGUGGACCGCUGGUUCCCGAAGGCGAGAAACCUGCUGUUGAACGGGCGGAUGGUACCAUCAAGCGUGGCCGUGGUGGACGUGGCAGAGGCGGUGGCCCUGGGUCCCGUGGAGGCCGAACAGCUGCGGCAGCCGCUGAAUCAGGCUCUGGUCGUGGUGGCGGACCUGGCUCUCGCGGUGGUGGCGUCACUCGAAAACCUCGGAUGACCAAAAGCGACCGGGCGCAAUUAGAGAAGGAGAAGCUUCAGCGGGAGAAAAUUGCGCCGCUUGUCGCUCGACCUGCGGCAUAUCCUGGCUAA